AUGGCCGCCGAUCACGGCGACAGCAGCAAUCUAACAGGACCGGAUAAAUCUGCCGAACCGUCGGAGGAGAAUCACAGUGGCACGGAGUCAGCCGGAGAAAUGUGGAGUGAGCAGCAAUCGAACGGACAAGGGGAGAGAAAUCCUUCAGGCAAUGAACCUGCUGGAAACAACAGCGAAGCUUUGGCUUCUAAAGCAGGAACGAAGCCUGAGGAAUCAGCAAAGGAGACUGCAGACAAAGAGAAGGCAGAGGGGGGAGAGAAGGAAGGGAGAGGCGAAAAAGAAGGGGGAGGAGGGGAAGAAGAGGCGGAUCACCCACACCCCGACAAGGAGGCGGAGGAGGAAGAGGAAGAUGAGACCGACCCAAAGAAUCCGCGAGGUCGCCUACUGAUGGCGAAGCAUGCAAAGUACAUAAAAAACCUGGACAAAAAAACAGAGGGAAUCGAGUACGUGGCGACGGAGCAUCUGAGGAUGAGCGGAGCCUACUGGGGGUUGACAGCGAUGGACCUCAUGGGGAGGCUGAAGGACAUGCACAGCCCUGCCAUGCUGCCGUGGCUGCUCUCCUGCCAGCAACCCAAUGGUGGUUUCGGUGGCAGCCAAGGGCAUGAUUCUCACCUGCUCUACACGCUCAGUGCCGUCCAGAUCCUCGCACUACUGGACAAACUGGAUGCUGUAGACGCCGACCGUGUCGCCACCUAUGUAGCAGGGCUACAGCAGCUGGAUGGGUCAUUCAUUGGAGAUGAAUGGGGGGAGGUAGACACUCGCUUCUCCUACUGCGCCAUCUCCUGCCUCUCCCUCCUCGAUCGCAUGCACGCCAUCGACCUCCCCGCAGCCGUCCAAUUCAUCGCCAGCUGUCAGAACUUUGACGGCGGAUUUGGGUCUGUUCCGGGCGGCGAGUCACACGCUGGGCAAAUCUUCUGCUGUGUGGCGGCUCUGGCAAUAGCUGGCGUGCUCUCAUUGGUCGACCGCGAUCUCCUGGGCUGGUGGCUGUGUGAGCGGCAGGUGCCAGCAGGAGGGCUCAACGGGCGACCAGAGAAGCUGCCAGAUGUAUGCUACUCCUGGUGGGUUCUGUCCAGCCUUGUACUCAUCGACAGGGUGCAUUGGAUCAGUGCGGAGAAGCUACAGCACUUCAUUUUGCAGUGCCAGGACGAGGAGAGAGGAGGAAUUUCCGACCGACCAAACGACAUGGUUGAUGUUUUUCAUACCUUCUUCGGUAUUGCUGGCCUGAGUCUGUUGGAGUACCCUAAUCUCAAGCCAGUGGACCCAGCUUACGCACUUCCUGUGGAUGUUGUGGAUAGGGUUUUCAGAGACAGGGAGCUGAAGCACCUGCAAGCCUAG